CUGUGCUGCUGGUUGCUAAGAGACAGCGUUAGAAGAAGAUAUUUACAUUGACAACAGACGGCUAAAAACGAAAAAGAAGAGCUAAUUUAGCGGCUUUAAUGUCACUAAAUAGUUAUUAUAACUUGUUCGGAAGGUGUCUGCAGUGAUGGUGAAGCUCAGGGCAAAAUGUCUGCUUGUCGGAGAUGCAGCAGUGGGGAAGAGCGCUCUCUCUCACAUGUUCCACAGUGACGGGACUCUCUUCCAGAAGAACUACAGCAUGACGACGGGAGUGGAUCUGAUGAUGAAGUGCGUCCAGAUCCCAGAGACCAGCGACAGCGUGGAGCUCUACAUCGUAGACUCGGCAGGGAAGCAGACGUUAGUGGAAGCCUGCGAGAAAAUGUGGGGGGAGGUGUCGUUGUUGUGUCUGGUUUUCGACCUCAGCAGUGAGCAGUCGUUUGCAAACUGCAGCCACUGGAUGGAGAGAGUCAGAGCUCACUGCAGAGGACGACACCUUCCAGGUGUCUUAGUGGGCAACAAAACCGAUCUGUCCACUAGAAGAGAGGUCCAGGCGUCCGUGGCCCAGGAAUGGGCCGAAAGCCAGGGGUUGGAGUACCACGAGACAUCGGCUAAGGAAAAGGAGAACUGUGACGCUCCGAUCCUCGCUUUAGCGACAGCUUUCCACUCUCUGUACCAGGAACACAGAGAGACCAUCCAGAACCUGAGUCCAGGAUAGACACACACACACACACACACACACACACACACACACACACAGAAACCCAGAGUACUUUUGUGCUGAUAACUGGCAGAGAGGGACUUGUUCAGAAUAAUGUCCAUGAAUAAAGUUGUUUUUUAAUAUAA